AUGCAUCUUGCUAUUCCUCCCACUCCUAUUCGCAAUCCCGAAAAGGGCUUCAAAGCACACCCUAAGAAGACACGAACUGAGUCUAUCUCAGCAAUUGAGACCGAAUCUGCACAACCCUCUUCCGAUGGCUCGUCAGAAAAGUCCUUUCGAUCCAUUAUCAAAGAAUGUGAAGACGGCGGUAUCUGGCAGACCAAACAUGGUCUUUGA